AUGUCUGUCAACGGCAUUCCUGUGCACCCAUCAGCAGAGGCUUUUCUGAAAAUCCCUCACAGUGCUAAGGAAAAGUUACUGCAAAGACAUCAAUGCUGGUCAGUGGAGCUCACCGUCGCCGCUGUUUCUGCCACCGCCACAAGGGAACAAUGGGUUUGGUUACCAGAACCAGGGCCAGGGCCAGAGUUAUCCCAAUGCAGGGUCAGAAUUAUCCGGGCCGCGGAUACUCUGAUCCUGCCCCCGUUUAUUCGCAGCAGUAAAGCCCUGAACAGUGGAAUAACCAAGUUCCGGGGCAGGAGUCAGUAUCAGAGCCUAGCUGGGGUGAACACCCCGAACCAGAACUAUCAGCAACAGCCUAGAAGCCCUAAUCAGUGGAACAACCAAAAUCAAGGGUAUCCGCAACCAGAUAAUCGCAACCAGUGGGCCCCGCAGAACCCGAGUGCUAAUCAGUGGAACCAUCAGCAAGCAACUGUAGUGCGAGGGACGGAGAAUCGGGCGGCGGAAGCUCCUGCUCCGGGGCCUUCGAUUGCUGAUCUGAGACAGUUGUGCCAGGGAGGGAAAGUUAAAGAAGCUAUAGAGUUGAUGAAUGAGGGGGUUAAAGCCGAUGCCGACUGCUUCAGUUGGUUGUUCGAUUCGUGUGGGAAGUCCAAGUCUCUUGAGAAUGCGAAGAAGGUGCAUGAUUACUUUUUGCAGUCGACGUGUAGAGGUGAUCUUCAGAUGAAGAACAAGGUGCUUGAAACGUAUGGGAAGUGUGGCAGUAUGAUCGAUGCUCGGAGAGUUUUCGAUCACAUGCUUGAUAAGAGUAUUGACUCAUGGCAUUUGAUGAUAAAUGGGUAUGCGUACAAUGGGUUAGGGGAUGAUGGGUUGGAGUUAUACGAGCACAUCAGGAACUUGGGUUUGAAGCCAAAUGAACAGACUUUCCUUGCAGUUUUGUCAGCAUGUGCCAGCAUAGGAGCCAUAGAAGAAGGUUUUAUACAUUUUGAGUCGAUGCAGAAUGAUUAUGGGAUUAAGGCUGGGGUUGAGCAUUAUUUAGGGGUUAUUGAUGUUCUCUGUCAACCUGGGCAUCUUGCAGAAGCCGUGGAGUAUGUUGAAAAGCUACCAUUUGAGCCCACAUUGGAGGUUUGGGAGGCACUGAAGAGUUAUGCACGGAUCCAUGGUGAUCUUGAUCUUGAAGACCAUGUUGAGGAGUUGAUGAUGGCUAUUGAUCCUUCAAUCGCUACUGCUAAUAAAAUUCCUACACCAUCACCCAAGAGGCGCUCUGUGAUCAACAUGCUCGAGGGGAAAACAGAAUUGCGAGUUCAAAAUCCCACUCUUUACAAGGACGACGAGAAAUAUAAGAGUGGGAAGGAAGGGGGUUAUGUACCGGACACUAGAUAUGUGCUUCAUGACAUUGAUCAAGAGGCGAAGGAGCAAGCCUUGCUCUAUCACAGCGAGCGACUCGCAAUAGCUUACGGACUUAUCAGCACUCCUGCAAGGACGCCUCUCAGAAUCAUUAAGAACCUCCGGAUCUGUGGUGACUGUCAUAAUGCGAUAAAGAUCAUGUCCAAGAUUGUGGAGGAACUGAUUGUUAGAGACAACAAGAGAUUCCAUCACUUUAAGGAUGGCAAAUGCUCUUGUGGAGAUUAUUGGUGAUCCCUACUUGUUUAUUUAAUACUCGUUCCUUUUGUACCUAAUGAGAAUUGUCUCGCUCUAGGCAUUGGGCAAAAGAUACUGAGAAGUUUGGCUUUUAGUGAUGGGAAUGAAGUGACGCCGCCAAUUGUAGGGGUGAACGUUCCUUUUUAAGUCAUAAUGUAUUCUCAUCAGUUACCACAGUUUUGAUUGUCCUCUUUUCCUGUUGCCAGUUUUCAUGUUUUACCUUAAUCUAGUUCUUCAGUUCCUAGUUUGCACUGGUAUGCAGAGUUAGCCUCUUUUGGUGCUUUUUAAGAUAAAGAACUGGUUGCCGAUACAUAUAAAGGCAGAUGUUGCUGGGGAC